UGGUAAAAUGGCCCAGGAAGUCAGUAUUCGUGUAUUAAUCACAGGCUUGUUUCUUCUCUUUUGUGUGCAUCAAGGUUUAUCUAUUAAGUGCUGGGUAUGCAGAUCAGAUUCAGAUCCAAAAUGUGCAGAUCCUUUUGACAAUACAACUGUACCAAUUACUGAUUGCAAACAAGAGCCUGAUCUAGAGCAUAUACCAGGUGUGAGGCCAACUAUGUGUCGUAAGAUUCGUCAAAAAGUCAAUGGGGUAUGGAGGUACUUUCGUAGUUGCGCAUACAUGGGUGAACCAGGCAUUCAGGGGGAUGAGAGAUUUUGUCUCAUGAGAACUGGGACAUACAACAUAUUUAUGGAAUAUUGUACUUGCAAUAGCAAGGAUGGCUGCAAUGCAGCUGCUUAUAAUCAUGGCAGUUUAAUUGUUUCUAUAAUAGCUGCUAUAGUUUCACUACGAUAUGUACUUGUCUACACUUAACAAAGUUAACCAAAGGUUACCAUUAGAACUGACAAACUGAACAGCAAAUAUUUUGAACAUAUAUUUUUACAGUAUAGAGAUCCGUCCGUACUUACUAAGGAGACUUUCUUUGAUAAUUUUAUGAUCUGAUCUUCAGGGAAGUAGAAUUUGCAAAUUAGAUUGAUAUUGCAG